AGAGCCAUUGAUGCUCGUCCUUGGGAGAAAAGAAGCGUUGCGUUGUGGAGGAGGUCGCAUGAUGGCGGCUUCCAAGGUGAAGCAGGACAUGCCCCCUCCAGGAGGUUAUGCUGCCUUUGACUAUAAGAGAAAUCUGCCGAAACGGGGAUUGUCAGGAUAUGCCAUGUUGGGCAUUGGCAUCGGUAUCAUGGUGUUUGGUUACUGGAGGAUUUUUAAGUGGAACAGAGAAAGGAGGUGUUUGCAAAUCGAGGACCUAGAAGCCAGGAUAGCCCUGAUGCCUCUGAUGCAGGCUGAGCUCGAUCGCAGGAACCUGCGGAUGCUGAGGGAAAACUUAGAAGAGGAGGCUAUUAUUAUGAAGGACGUUCCAGGUUGGAAGGUUGGUGAGAGCGUCUACCACACAGACCGCUGGGUUAACCCCUCCAUACACGAGCUGUUCUACCUCCGGCCCCCUGAAGAGGCCGUUCACAAGCGCUUUGGCUUCAUGUGGCAUGGGUAACACCACCAAGACUGGCUGUCUCCAAAUCCACCACCUGGACCAUGUGAACCUGAGCCAGCUCUCGCUCAGUCACACUUGUAAAUGUUAAUUAUUAAAGUGUCUUUUUCUCUA